AUCUUAUCUAACUACCACAUCUACCACAUCUACCUACCUUUCUCAACAUUACAAACAUCCUAUUGCUCUUCUUUUCGGGAAAUCUAUUCUUUCGAAUGCUUCCAUAAAAGCACAACUAUAUCUCCACGAAACUCCUAUAAACAUCUCCCAAACAACAACAACAACAACAACAACAACAACAACAACAACAACAACAACAACCACUCCUCCAAACCUUCCCUUUCCUCCCCCUAACCCACCACAAUGCCAUCGGAUCUAUCCAACUACCUCGCAACGCACUACCUCAUCGCCGACCCCAAGCCCUCCAAGAAGCGCAAGCGCAAGCAAAAAGACGACUCCUCGGGCCUCAUCAUCGCCGACGAAACCGAAUCCGGCUGGACGCGCGCGAACCGCGGCGACAACGACGACGAAGACGAAAAUGGCUCCGCAGUAGUAGCCGGGACCAGCGCCGAGUUCCGGCGGGCGAAGAAAUCCGCCUGGAAACCCGUCGGCGGCAGCACGUCCAGCAACACAGCAGCCCACGCCCAAGCCCAAGACACCGAAGCGGCAAGGGCCGCAGACGCCAUCCUCGCCUCCGCCGCCGCCGCGGACGAGGACGCGUCCGACGCCCCCGCGGUCAUGAUGUCAGACGGCACGCACGCAGGCCUGCAGAGCGCAUCCGCCGUCGCCGCACAGCUCGAAGCGCGACGGCGCGCCGAGCGGGAAGAAUACGAGCGGGAGGGGGGCCGCAAGAAGGGCAAAGGCGGCGGCGAAGCAGAAACGAUAUACCGGGACGCGACGGGGCGACGCGUCGACGUGAGCAUGAAGCGGGCCGAGCUACGGCGGGAGGCCGCCGAGGCCGCGGCCCGCGAAGCCGCCAAGACGGAAGCGCUGCGCGGAGACGUCCAGAUCGAGGCGGCGCGGCGGCGGCGCGAAGAGCUUGACGACGCCAAGGUCAUGACGGUGGCGCGGCACGCGGAUGAUGAGGAUAUGAACCGUGAGAUGAAGGAGCAGGUGCGGUGGGGUGAUAGCAUGGCGCAGUUUAUAGAGCCUAAAAGGGCGGCGGGAGGUGGAGGUGGAGGUGGAGGUGGAGGGGGGAAGACGAGGAAGUUGAAGGGCAAGCCGAUAUAUCAGGGCGCGUGGACGCCGAAUCGAUACGGCAUCCGGCCGGGAUAUCGGUGGGAUGGUGUUGAUAGGGGGAACGGGUUUGAGGCAGAGAGGUUCAAGGCUAUCAACAGACGGGAGAGGAACAAGGGCUUAGAAUAUUCGUGGCAGAUGGACGAGUAGUAAGCAUUUACUAGGUAAAUCUACGAUCAUGCACGGGAUACGGUAUAACGUUCAGGAGUUGAAUUAGUGAGAUACCAGCUGUCCAAGGCAGUCAAUGCAGUAAGCCAUAGCGCAACGCAAAUUGUAUAGCAUAAUCUCUACGGAUUGGCCUGUAGUCCAUUUUUGUCGGCAUGCCAGCCCUUGUGCAGAAAUGAAAUGAUAUGAGACCCUAAGGCAUAUUUGCAGGAAAUCUAGGGGGCAUACUAUCUAACCCACUCCCUUUCCAUAACGAUCCUGUCUCCAGCAGCGGAGAUAAACCC